UUUUUUUUUCUCGAAUUUUUGCCGAACUUGUGUUUGCUUUUUUGGGUCGCUCGCGUGCGCUGUGCAUAUUGGAAAUCGCUUCCCCCAUUUACCACCCACUUUGCCCACAAAAACAAAAAAAAAACACGCCAAAUAACAACAAAAAGCGGGCAGAGAAUUCUAAUUAAGUGUGCGCGCUAAUGCGUUAAACUGCUACCCAAUUUGUUUUUAAGCCAAAGUGAAAAUGCCUUUGUAGUGCGUUGGCUGCAUCGCUUUCCAUUCGAGUGCAAAUUACAUCUAUAAGUACGCCUAAUCAGCCGAUUACUGUCAUCGCAAACACGAGCCAACCCAACGCGGCAUUUGAUGACCACACAAAUGAGUGCCAGAUCGAACUGAGACCGAUUUGGGAUAAGACACGCUCGCCCAAUUACCUGUCACUGACCAACCACUUGGCCAGUCAGCUCAAGAAGCAGAAGCAGACGUAUCGUCAUCGGAAACAGGGCGAACCUUCACCAUGGGCAAGAAGAACUCAAAAUUGAAGCAGGACACCAUCGAUCGGCUGACAACGGACACAUACUUCACUGAAAAGGAAAUUCGCCAAUGGCACAAGGGCUUUCUCAAAGACUGUCCGAAUGGCUUGCUGACCGAACAAGGCUUCAUCAAAAUCUAUAAGCAAUUCUUCCCCGACGGAGACCCCAGCAAGUUUGCCUCCCUGGUCUUUCGUGUCUUCGACGAGAAUAACGAUGGCGCCAUUGAGUUCGAGGAGUUCAUUCGGGCCCUGUCCAUCACAUCACGCGGAAACCUGGACGAGAAGCUGCACUGGGCUUUCCGGCUGUACGACGUGGACAACGAUGGCUACAUAACCCGCGAGGAGAUGUACAACAUAGUGGACGCCAUCUACCAGAUGGUAGGACAACAGCCGCAGACGGAGGACGAGAACACGCCGCAGAAGCGGGUGGACAAGAUCUUCGAUCAGAUGGACAAGAACCACGACGAUCGACUGACGCUGGAGGAGUUCCGCGAGGGCAGUAAAGCUGAUCCACGUAUAGUGCAGGCGUUAAGUUUAGGUGGUGAUUAACCGCGGGACCUGUAGUCGUGCGGAGGAGGGGCGGGGCGGGAGCGAUAGGGACGGCGUUGGGAGGCAACAACGAAUCAAGGAUCCGGAGGGUCAAAGGUCGCCCCACAAGCACGUCCUCACCACGCCCGUGUACCAUAUGCCAUUUGACCUUUUUGGGGGGUCAGUUCGAUAGCGCCCAUCCUCCCCAACCUCCCACACACAACCACACCACCACAUACACACACACACACACACACGCACACACACAGAGUUUAGACCCUUGAGAACUCGUCUUAAGUGAAAUUCCAACUAAUAGCUAAUUAUUUACGCAUAUAUACAUGAUUUUCUAUUAACAACAAACAGCGCAGCCGCAUAAAGCUGAAAAACAAAACUGGUUAAUGAACAAUUCGUAAAUUAGUGGAAAGCAAAACAACACCAAUCUAAGUCGUCAAAAACGCUUUUUUAAACCAAUAUUUAACUCGUAUUUGUGUAUGCGGCAGCGUGGAUGAAUAUAGGUAUUUAAUAAAUGAAAACCUACAUUAAUUAACUAUUAGGCACUUGCUCUAUGAUGAUCUUAGGCAUUUUUAUUGAAAUGCUUGCCAAGCAAACGAGAAACUCAAGUUGACAACUAUCGCAAAGAGUCGCCGAUUAAUUAGGCCAGUGAAUAGUUGCAAUUUUUUUGCGAAAACCAAAAACUAGAGUCAACUGAAGCUACAGCUACUCGACCCAAAAAUAUGAAUAAUACAUAAAGCAGCACCGCCUACUGGCACUUAUGCCUAUAAUAUCUACAUAUAUACUGGUACUUGUACCGAUACUUAUUCGCUAUUGGCUUAGACGCCCCUCCAUUGUUAUUAUAUAUACAUUUUUUUUUUGCCGGGCCAGCUGCUCUAACUGUUGAUAAUCGAACGUGUUGAUAAUCGAAAUUGAAGCUACAAUUAAGCCAAAGUCGCCACACACUGAUACACAGACCUAUUUACUCUCAAGCUAAUCGGAUAAUCGACUCUAUUAACUCAAAGUCCUCAAGAGUCCUGAAAAGUUGUGGACAAACUUGCAUGUGGAUAACGUAGCGCUAUGAAGCAUGCGGCUUGGGUACUCCUCUUGGAUGCCCGAUUCUUCAGUCUCCAUUCUUCAUUCUUCCUCGCAUCGAGCUUGACAAUCAACCUGAUUUUGCUGCAGACCAUCUAAUGGUUCCAAUCACCCCUGCACCCCAAGAUAUCAUCUCAUCGGGCAGCGGAGGAGGCCACUCUUAGAAGAAUCUUUGAUAGAACUUUAAUCCUUUUCUAUGUGUUUAUUGUGCAUGCCUUACCAGAGCAACGAUAAUAUCAAAUUGUGUAUUUCUACUCGUAUUUGUACUUGUUUUUACACAUCACCAGAGCUUGAAACUAUAUCGUAAGGGGGGAAAUCCCUAUAAUGCCUUACCAAAAAACAAACGAAUCUAUCACCCAGUCAUCUCUCUCUCACUCUCUCUCUAUCGCUCCAUCUCUCUCUCUAUCGCUCCAUCUCUCUCUGAUACACACAUAUGAUUUUCGGUUUGAUUAUCCUUUUCGUUUGAUGAGCUUCUUCCCCUUCUAAUUCACAAGAAGAGCCAUCUAAUCACCAUGCUAAAAUAAUUUCUAUAUUUUAUAUGUGGUUCAGCUUUAGAUUGUAAAGGAAGCGUUAUUGUAAAGAUAUUAUCUCAGUAGCCAGUUAACUGAACACGUUUAUAAGAUCCAUAUCCAAUUAUCCCUAUCUAUCCCAUCCAAUCCAACGCCCUCAUCAGCAUUCAUCCCAAAUUGUAGUGUUGCCUUGUAGAAUCUCCACAGUUAGCUUCCCGCUUAGAAAUCCAAACUUUUACCGAAAUCGAUAUGCUAGCUGAGGUUUCAGAUUGGAUCGGCCCUAGAUAAUGCUUAUCUCAUCUCUAUUCCGAUUCCAAAUCCGAUUCCGAGGUUUCCACCAUAUUUUUUUGAUUGCCCAGCACCCGAUACAUAUUUCUAGUUGUACACCCGUAUUUAAAUAUACCUAGAUAAUGGCCAAAUAAAUUGAUAUACACACCUAUAUAUAGAGAGAG